UGGAACCUAAGAGCCUCAGCGUUGUUGUUCCGGUCGGAAGUACCGGACAGCGCACGCUGACAUGGCUGCGCUGGUAGUAAGGGGUGUUCAGGACUUGCUGAAGCGAGCGGAUUUCGCGAAGAUCCCGCGGAGACACCGAUAUAAGAAGAAAUGGGCUGCCACAGAACCCAAAUUUCCUGCCACUCGACUGGCUCUGCAGAAUUUUGACAUGACCUAUAGUGUGCAGUUUGGGGAUCUUUGGCCAUCAAUCCGGGUCAGUCUUCUCUCAGAGCAGAAGUAUGGUGCACUGGUCAAUAAUUUUGCUGCCUGUGAUCAUGUGAGUGCUGAACUAGAGCAACUGUGUGCCAGGGACUUCGUGAAUAAAGCCCACUCCCAUGGGGAACUGGAGCCCGAGAGUGGCCAAAUGGCUGCUCCAUCCCUAGCUUCCUCGGCCUGCAGUCCAAACCUUCGAUGCUUCACUUUCACCAGAGGGAAUGUCAGCCGUUUCCCUCCUGCCAGGCUUGGCAGCCUGGGUGUCAUGGACUACUACCUGAUGGACGCUGCCUCCUUGCUGCCUGUCCUGGCCCUUGGCCUGCAGCCUGGAGACACAGUGCUUGACCUAUGUGCAGCCCCCGGGGGAAAGACACUAGCAUUGCUUCAGACUGGCUGUUGCCGCAAUCUUGCUGCCAAUGAUCUCUCCACUUCCCGAACAGGCAGACUUCAGAAGGUCCUUCACAGCUACGUACCUCAAGAUAUUAGAGAUAAGAGUCGAGUUCGAGUCACCUCAUUGGAUGGCAGGAAGUGGGGAGAACUGGAGGGGGACACCUAUGAUCGGGUGCUGGUGGAUGUACCCUGUACCACAGACCGCCACUCCCUUCAUGAGGAGGAGAACAACAUUUUUCAGCGGUCGAGGAAGAAGGAGCGGCAGAUGUUACCUAUGCUGCAGGUGCAGCUUCUUGCGGCUGGACUCCUUGCCACCAAACCCGGAGGCUACGUUGUUUAUUCCACCUGCUCACUCUCACACUUACAGAAUGAGUAUGUGGUGCAAGGCACCAUCGAACUCCUGGCCAAUCAAUAUAGCAUCGACGUUCGUGUGGAAGACCUGACUCAUUUUCGAAAGCUUUUCAUGGACACAUUCUCUUUUUUCCCAUCCUGCCAGGUUGGGGAGCUGGUAAUCCCAAACCUCAUGGCCAAUUUUGGGCCUAUAUACUUUUGCAAAAUGUGUAGACUGAAAUAGCAUCACCGUGUUCCUGAAACCCUGGUGUAGGAGACAAAUGGUGUACUCCCAUGGCAGCACCAGAAACUGAGACCAGUGGCAAAGAUGAUCUUUGGGUCCUAUCUCCAAGCUGUCCAAGUCUUUCUAUAGAUAGUUUUUAGCACUAGGAAGUAGGAGUUUUUCUAUCCUGCUAUCCAAGUGUGGAGCAUUAGCAAGUUUCUAACUCACUUAUUACACCCUGCUCCUUUAUUCCCAUCUCUAAGCUUGUACUAAACUUUCCUGCCCAAUUGGGGGCUUAGAAGAAGGAGACAAUGAGCGGGCCCACGCUUUAAACUGUAAACUUGGGAAGAAGCAUUUAGCCAAUAAAAUUGUCAAAGCUCCAUAGAACUAAGGCUGUGGUUGGGGGCCUCGUAUUAGCCCAGGUACUGUUCUACUUGUACCAGCUGCUGCUACUGACCACUAACUCCCAAGGUGCCCAAUGCCCAGGACCUCAGCCUGGUUUUCAGAGCCCAUCUUACACUUAAGGUGAGUUUUGCAUGACCAGUCUUGAGUCAUCUGGUGGGCCCAAACAAGGCUACCUAGUUACUCCAUAUGGCUUAUGAUCUAAUUUAAGGAACAAGUAACUAAAAAUGUUAAGCCAUUGCAUAAUAAUCUGCUUACUUACAUUGAGAAAGCUCUCCUGAGCCAAAUAAUUCCAGCUAUUCCUACUGUCAUCAACAGUACUGCUGCCCAUUGUAGCUGGGGAAGCUGCUCUGCCACAGGGCUGUGAUGUUCUUUUGUGUGUUUCUUUAUUGUUUAUUCCUGUAGCUCCUAUGACAGGUAGUCAGGGAGCUGCAGGAGAUGUAGCAUUUGGGAUUGUGGAGGAUAAUGAGGCCUCAUCCUUGGGAAUGGCAGCUCUCCUUCUUUGCUUUCUGAGCACCUAGGAAUCUCCUAAUGUCUUGAUUUAUUCUGUUUUUGUUUUGUUUUGUUUCCUUUUUCCUGGGCUGUGGCCGAGCUCUGCUGGCAGUUGUUUGGCACAUGCCAAAUCACCCAAACCUCUUCCUCUAGCAUUGUAAGGCCUCACCUCACGUAGUGUGGGUUUGGGAGCAACAUUACAUCAUUUACUAUUUGCAUGCUAAUUAUGUUGUUUUUGUAACUAUAGAAGGGAUAUUAAAAAUUGCUUGUGGUCACUUGCAGAUACUGCUUUUUUUAUUAAUUUUUUUUUCUGAAAGACUGGUCCUUGUGCAGAAAAAGGUGCAUAAUUUAAGAAUACUGAUAUUCUUGGCUCUUCCUACUUGCCUUAUCCCUUCUCUUCCUCUUCUGUCUCCUCCUUUGUUCUUUAUGCCCUUCCUGCUAAUUUUUGUUUGGGUAUUAGAGGUGUCAACUGAGAAGGAUUUUAGAUGAGGUUAAGCCUUCUCCUUUCUUGGGAUUUGCAUUAUAACAGGUCCCUGGAACACCUUCCACAUUCAAAAUCCUAGUGAAGCUAGUAAGGUGGAGCUCCAGGGAGUAGGAACAUAAUUAGCUUCUUGUGUAGUAUGUGCUUUCUUCCUGCUGUUUACUCUAGUGCUUGGGCUUCUGCCUUUGGCCUCAUGGGUAUGCAGGCUGGUGCUAAUCAUGUACUCAACAGUGAUAAUCGAAGGGGAGAGGGUCUCCUGCUUCUAGGGUCCCAGUCGCACUGGGGACAGACAGACCCAGGUUAAAAAAGCAGAGUAGUACUUUGAAAAAAGUUUAUCUCCUGUAGUUUAAUAUUUGCCUACUCUACAACCCAGUUAUUCCAAUACUUGGGAUAAAUCCAAGAGAAAUUCAUAUAUGUACAGCAGGAGAUAUGUGUAAGAAUGUUCAUAGAGCAGCCCUGGUCUCAGAAGCAAACCCAAAUGCCCAUGAGCAAGAGUGGACAAAUAAACUGGAGUUCACACAAGGGAAUAUUAUACAGCUGUCAAAACAAAUGAACUCCAGUGACACAUAACAAUAUGGAUGAAUCUUAGCAAUAAAAUGUAAAAAAUUUUAGUCACAAAAAAUUAAAUGUAACAUUAUGCCCUUAAACUAUUUACAUAAAAUAUAAUUGGUUGAUUUUAAAUGUGCUGCUUAAUGACUUUUGGUAAUUGUGUAUAACAGUGUAACUACCAUCACCAUCAAAAUAUAGAAAAUAAUUUCUUUUCCUAAAAA